CUGAUCCAAGCUGUGAAGGCUGUUAUGGUGAUGUACAGUUAAUGACUGUGAGUCACCACAACCAUGUCAGUCAUUCCCUUCCUCUCCAACCUGUCUAUACCAGUUCUCUUUUAUAUUCUCACACUUAAACCUGCUCUCCUAAACUACACUAGAAGCCAUGGAGAAGAGGGCAAGCAAGAACACUUCAAGAAAGCCCAUAAGGAAGUCUCAGACUAGAAGAGCAUCCCAAGGUCGUCUUAGCGAGGCUGAGGCCAGGAGAGAGAUUGCCCAUGCUUUGCUCCUUCACAGAGCCUCAUCAUCCUCACCACCAUCACCACCUCCACCACCACCACCACCACCAAAUCCUUGGGGAGAUUGUUGGGUUCCCACCAUAGCACCAGGUUGGUGCAACUUCGGUCUUGGAAGUGUAACAUGUUCAUGGACUAGUCAUCAACUGUCCUCUUCCAUGGUGGAAGUACUGGAACCAUUGCCUCUUCCACUCCUAGAACCCACUUGGUCCACUAGUACUGCACCUGCUUCCAAACACCCUCCUACAUCACCACCACCCAUAAUGGAAGUUCCAGAAUUCCAGUGUUUGGGAGAAGAUAACCAAGAUUCAUCUUACACAUGGUGGCUAGGGUUUCUAAAGGCCUUGGAUGAUGAGAUUAUUAAUAACAAUGAAGAAUCAGUAUCCUUACCAUCUGAUGAAGAGAUUGAGAUGGAGUAUUUUAGGCAGCUAUUCACCAGCUUAUUCAAGACUCAUCACUCAAAUCAAAUUGAUCCUUCUUUGGAUAAUCAGAUCUUAGUCCCUGAUGAAUGGUUGACAGUGCCGGAAGUGGAGAAUCACAGAGACGUCAGUGACUGUUGACAACCUGAAGUACUCAACUCCUGAAGUAAAUGUAACUAGGGUUUUUCUUUAGGGUUUCUUUUUGUUUUCCUUUUUGGCUACUGGAAAG